AUGCAGGCCGUGCCACCGGGCCAAUGGGCGGCGGUAGGGCCAGCCAGCGGGAGGCGGGACGAUGUGACGCCCGGGUGGUCGAGGGACGGGAAGAUCAUCGACGACCGUGCUGCUGCUUCUGCAGUAACUCAUGGGAUUCGUCGUUCGUUUGGUGGUGGUGAUGUUGCCCCGGUGAGCCAGCCAGGCCACACGGGCAGGGCUCUUCGCUGA